UUGCACAAACAGUAAAAAUAAAAAUUACUGUACUUUACCUACAGAAUGAUCUAGCCAUUAGACAAAGGAAUCUCAGAGCAAAGGCAACAGCUCUUAACUAAACCUUGAGAAAUUUCAGGAGAACAUAUUCCAGCAUGAGUAUCAGAAAAUAACUUCCACUGGAUAGUGAUCACAAAUGUAAAGGAAAUUCUAGGAGCUCCUUUACAAAGAAUCAUACUGAAUUUAUGACCUUCCCUGAAAAAGGCUGAGAAAAUGGAAAUACGUCAUCUUGGCAGGCAAGUGGUCUUGUUCUUUAUUUAUCUAUGUAACUCUGGUAUGUUGUGUGAACCGUUCCGCUAUUCAGUGCCUGAGGAGAAGGAAGCUGGCUCAAUAGUAGCAAAUGUGCUGAAAGAUUUGAAAGUAGAUGUGAAGGAGCUCUCUGCUCGCAGAGCACAGUUGAUUUCUAAGAGUUCCAGGCAGGAUUUCCAGCUGGAUCCUCAUUCUGGGAAUAUCAUGUUAAAGGGUAAAAUUGACCGAGAAAUUGUAUUUGAUCAGAAUGACCGUUGCGUUCUAUUCUCAGAAAUUGUGCUGGAAAAUCCUUUGCAAGUGUUCAGAAUUGAAAUUCAGGUAGAAGAUGUGAAUGAUAAUUCCCCUACGUUCUCUAAGAAUCAAUUCCUUUUUGAAAUACCCGAACAGACUCCCGUAAAUACACGUUUCCCUUUGGAGACAGCCCAAGAUUUAGACAAAGGGAAAAAUGCUAUCCAGAACUACAUACUUAGCGCAAAUGAACAUUUUAAGCUGGAUGUGCAAAGUCAAAACGACAGCAACAAAUAUGCAGAACUGCUUUUGGCAAAACCAUUAGACCGUGAGGUGAUUCCUCAGUUUAUCCUCAUUCUGGAAGCUGUGGAUGGAGGGAUCCCAAGAAGAACUGGUACAGCACAGUUAGUUAUUGACAUUCUGGAUACCAAUGAUAAUGUACCCCAGUUUGAACAAUCGGUGUAUAAAGUGCAGCUGAUGGAAAACAGUCAUCCAGGUUCUUUGGUUGCCAAAGUUAAAGCCACUGACAAAGAUAUUGGAUCCAAUGCUCACAUCACUUACUCUUUUAGCCAAGUACCAACAAAUGCGCUCAGAUCAUUCAAGUUAAACAACCAUACUGGGGAAAUUACCCUUGUAGGGAAAAUUGAUUAUGAAAAAACCACUAAAUAUGAACUGAAUAUCAAAGCAACAGAUGGAGGGGGACUAUCUGCUUACUGCAAAGUCCUUGUUGACAUUGAGGAUGAGAAUGACAAUGCCCCAGAAAUAACAAUAUCAUCCAUCACCAGCCCCUUACCAGAAAACUCUCGCCCAGAAACACUGGUGGCUGUGUUCAGUAUCAAUGAUCAAGACUCUGGAGACAAUGGUAGAACUGCCUGCAACACUGACGCAAACCUGCCCUUUAUCCUAAAACCCACUGAGAACAAUUAUUACCAGCUGGUGACUCAACAGCCAUUGGACAGGGAACAAAUGUCAGAAUACAAUAUCACCAUCACAGCCACUGACCAAGGUUCUCCCAGGCUCACCUCAAUGACAGUUAUUAACAUUCAAAUUUCAGAUGUCAAUGACAACUCUCCAAUGUUUGAAAGAACUUUCUAUGAUUUCCAGUUACGAGAAAACAGCAUUCCAGGUCUCCUCAUUGGAUCAGUCCGUGCUGUGGAUGUGGACACCGAACACAAUGCCAAAGUGACCUAUUUGCUGUUGCCUGGGAAAAUCAGGGAUGGGCCUGCAUCUUCUUACAUCUCCAUCAACUCUGAAACCGGGAACUUGUAUGCUGUUCAAUCUAUAGAUUAUGAGGACAUACAAGACUUCCAGGUGACGGUGAGGGCUGUAGAUAAAGGCUCUCCUCCACUGAGCUCACAAACAAUGGUCCGAGUUCUUAUCACAGAUGAAAAUGACAAUGCCCCCUUCAUUCUCUGCCCACUUCAGAACAGCACUUCUCCAUCAAGUGAUCUGGUUCCCAGGGGAGCAGAGACGGGCUACCUGGUCACCAAAGUGGUGGCAGUGGACAGAGAUUCGGGGCAAAAUUCUUGGCUUUCCUAUCAGUUGCUGAAGGCCACAGAUCCAAGUCUCUUCACUGUGGGGACUCAGAACGGGGAAGUGAAGACCACGAGGCCGGUGACCAACCGCGAUAGUUUCAAACACACUCUUGUUGUGGCAGUUAGAGAUAAUGGCCGUCCUCCUCAGUCUGUCUCUGCCACACUGAAAAUUCUUCUAGUGGACGGCUUCUCAGAUCCUUACAUGAAAAUUAUGGAUAAUCCUAAGGGUGAAGUCCCACAGGAGGGAGAUCAUACCCUGACAAUGUAUUUGAUUAUCUGCUUGGUCGUCAUCUCAUCCAUUUUCCUCCUUUCUGUCAUGGUGUUUAUUGCAACCAAGUUUCAGAAACGACAGAAAUUAAUAGGAACCUCUGCAUCUAAUUUCCCUGUGAGACCGAAUCUGCAAGAGAACUGUGUGGAUCCUAAUAUUGGGACACCUUCCCAGGCCUACAGCUAUGAGGUAUGCUUAGCCAAUGGCUCUCUGAGCAGUGAGUUCAAGUUCCUUAGACCUCUCUUUCCUGUUUUUACUAUGGAGCAGCCAAAAACACUGCUGAAUCCACAGAGUAGAAAUGAUUUCCAUGAUCUUCCUGAUCAGUCGGAGGAAAGAGAGCAGAUAUUCCAGGUGAGAAUAAUCUAUUAA